AUGGACGUCUCCUUAUACGCCGAGAACUUUGUCGAGGCAUGCUGUGAUUUUACGGCGUUCACUCUCAUCUUUUAUGAGUACCUCAUCACCAUCGACCGCGAGAUCGACCAGGUGUGGGGCAGACGAUUUACGGGUGCUACUGCCCUAUUCUGGCUGAACCGCUACCUGGCGUUGUUGAAAUAUCCUGUCUACAUCGUGGCACAUCAGGCACUAUCGGAUAUGAGGUACACACGUCUUGUUUGCCAUGCAGUCAACAUCUACAGUAUGGUAGUCCAGAUACUGCCUUACGUCGUGUGGACAGCGUUCUCGACACUGCGCAUAUACGCGAUUUGUGGGAAUAGCUGGAAGAUGGCACUCCUCGUACUGAUACCCGGGUCGGUCCAGAUCGCUUCAAACAUAUAUCUGUAUUCGCAGACAUCCGCGAUCAACUAUCCACUUCCUAUAGGAUGUUUUGCGGAGUGGUUAAUUCCGACCGAAAUCUACGUUAGACGUGCGUAUGGUUCUGUGCUGAUCGCAACUCGUGCGAGUGUCAUUGUCAACAAUGUGCUCGUGAUCGCUCUCACCUGGUGGAAAACCUACGGCAUCAGGAAACUGGUAGCGCAAGCCAACAUGAAGGUCUCACUUUCCACACUGCUACUGCGUGAUGGAACGAUAUAUUUCCUGCUCCUCUUCAUUAUGAGCAUAUUUCACAUCGUGUUCAGCCUCACCGAGCGCUUCACGUAUACACUCACGUUAGAGGAACCGCUUACAGCGAUUCUCGUCUCCCGUUUCCUGCUCAACUUACGAGAAGCAGAUGGUUCCCGCAGCCUUGACGACCUCGACACCAUGAUCUCGUUCCCCUCAUUCGCCCGGCAUCCAAACGACUCGGACGAGAGCACGCCUCAUUUCGUCGCUAGCUUCAUCGGCCCCCUUGGCGCGCCCCUCGACCACACUCCAAUUUCUCAGGACGACGCGUCUAUCGCUGCCUCGACGGGGACAAGCCACUUUACCGACGCUAGGGCCUAUACGACUCAGUAUUUGUAUCCUGGUAGCGAGGGCCACGCCGAACCUGUCAUCUCUGUGUCCAUGGAGGACGGCUUCCUGUCCUCACAAUUCCGCGCCGGUGUCGUCGAGGUGUAG